AAUAGUUAAUUACAUUAAACUUCUUUUAUCUUAGAUUGUUUAAUUUUAUAGUUGCAAAUUAAUGAAAAUAACUUAACAGCUUCCUUCAUUGAUCAUGUAUGUGGCCGCAACGAUCCCAACUAUAAUCAGUGCAUCGUGGACAACAUUAUCUAUUUGAAGGACAAAUUUUGCUACGGGACUUCUCCGGCGGGUUUUCCAAUGAUUGAGCGAAUAAUGUUAGAUAAAAUUACUAUUUUCGACGAACCUAAUGUCAAACUGUAUGUUCAAAACGCAGAGGUAUAUGGAACUUGCGACUUUGUUAUAACCUCCAUUAAUGUAGACCCCGAAAGGCUCCACUUUAAUUUUAAUUAUCUAAUGAAGCGAUAUGUCAUAAACACUACGUACGAUUUUAAUAUACGUCUGCUAGUACCAGUCGCUCACAAAGGAAUUAUACUCAUUACUACGGAUAAUGUGGAAGCAAACAUAAAAUUGGACUUGAAAACGGUAACCAAAAAUGGUAAAAAACAUAUAUACGCAUCGAAAGCAACCGUGAAUUCCAAGGUUAGAGAUUUUGAAUAUCAGUUCGGAAACGAGAAAAAAUUAGGUCAAUUAAAUGAAAUUUUUGGAGCUUUUCUCGACGAGAAUAAAGAUAUUAUUAUUAACACUGUUAAACCAGCAAUGGACAGGAAAUUUUCCGAAAUAUAUAUCAACAUGUUUAACAACAUAACUCAAUCUAAUUACGAAGAAUUCUUUCCCGAAAAUGUAUGACUUGUUAUAGGAAUUCUAUAGCAGAAAAAAAUUAAUUAUAUUCGAGCUAAGGGCUAGAUGUUUAUUUAAGGUUUUUUUUAUAUAUUUAUAUC